UAUUCUUGCCUCGUACAGAAACUGCUGUACUGUUUACACAGUACAGCCUUUAAGCACCACCAUGGCGUGAACCUGUAGGAGGAACUCUAUCAUUCAUUUUCCAUGUAUGCAGUGAAAACACACGAAUAUAUUUACGUAUUACCGAGUUCCGAUACUUUGCCUCAGGGCUGGCUCCAGACAUACUACAUACUGCAUACAUCAUAUGGCAGGUUUACUCCCUGAUAAUUCCUUACAGCACUGUUGCUCUCCAGGGCUUUCCCUGCUGCCUACAUCUUUGCGUCUUUUGGAGCGCCUUCAUGGCAGCAGCAGUGCCCCAGCCCUCGUAGUUACGCUAAGGAAUCUUGAUAGCUCGGGGACCGGCCCUCACCGGCAAGGCCAGCGCAAUGGCGGGCCCUGCGGGACAUUAUGCAUUCUCUGGGCGAAUGCCUCAGCCAUAAAAGUUACAAAGCAGAUACGCCAUAGCGAAGUAGAAGACCUUUCUGCCUUGUCUCUGCUGUUAGAGGCGGAUGCGGAACUCUGCGGCAAUGUGCAUCGUCAGCUUGGCAACUUACAGCGGGGCGGAGCGUGCGCAGCACCCAUAACUGUACCCUAUCAACCUCAUCGCCUUCCUUUUCGUUCCGAUGGCAAGCGGGCAGGGAUGUCCGUGGCUGAGCCGUAUCAGGUUUCCUUCCUGCCCUGCAUAGUCGAAGCAGAAGACAGUACUGCUCCGGUGUCGCUGCGAUGCUGCUUUCCUUGGGCCAAUUCCCGUUCACCUACUCGUAAAAGAGAUAUUGGCUCGGCUUCGUGCUUGCCGGGCAGCAUUGAAGCUGGCAAGCCGUUGCCCGCGCUGCUCCUCCACUUCAAUCCUGCUCGGACCUCGCCACAGGAGCCGUCCAUCCCAACCACCCUUUCCAUGCCUUUCCACACUCCCAGCGCACCCGCUGCCACAACAGACGCCCCCAUCGGCCCUUCUUCCGACAGUCACCUCCUUUUUUCCUCGCUAUCUACUUACUCAUCACCCGCGCACAUCAGCAACCAGCCUGCGAAACGGGCCGCGCCGCCACGGCAAAGCGCAGAGAACGCGGAGGUGGUCGCGGCGGUGCUAGUGGACACGUCGACUGCCGCCACCGCAUCGCCUGCCAACACAUGCGCGGCUGCUGCCAGCUGCACGCCGCCUGCAAACCCGGAGCCCGACGUCAGCGGCUGGUGGCGCCAAAGCUGCCUGGUGCUGAGCGCGCUGCCGGUGUCCGUGACCGUGUUCAGCAGAGAUGACGGCCAAGUGCUAUUCCAGAACGCCGCAAGCAUUGAGUUCUUUGGCGACAGAUGCAAGGCGGCAAGUGCCGCCACAACCACCGCCACGGGCGCCACAACGACAGUGGCACAACUGCCACCUGAUGGUGGCAAUCGUAUCCGAAACAGCACCGCCACGACUGUCGUCACCAUAACCACAACCUCCACCACCGUCGCUGCCGCAUCCGCAAACGGCGGCGCCCGCAGCCUCAAAGCUGGCGGUGGUAGUUUGCUGUCGCGGAUGAUAAGCUCUGGUAGCUUCAUUUGCAGGAGCAAAAAGAGGCCGGUCGCUCUCGUGUCCGCUGCUGGCGGCGCUGCACCCGCUGCAGCCACUGCUGCUGCCCGCACCAGCGGUGCCGCAGCUGACGGUGACAGCGGGUAUAACGAUGGCGACAGGGGCGCUUGGACGUUGCCGACCAUGGUUACACCGGAGGGCGGCGUUAGCGGCGGCGGUGGUAGCGGUGGGUAUGGUGUCGUUGAAAUUUACGAGGGUAGCGGUGACGACAGCGGCAGCGGCGGCGGUGUCGGCCAAGUUGGCGGCCUUAUCCUCGCCGAAUUGUUUUGCAUGGAGCCGGGCAAGCUGAUGCAGAUGUGGUCGGCGACGGCGGCGGAGGGCGGUGUGUGGCAGGGUAUCGUGCGGGUGCCCAAGUCGCUCAAUGCCGACCUCGUCAGCAGCGUCGCACCCCCCGAGGCGGGUGUGCUGCUUGCCGCGGCCGCUGCCACACCGCCAGCAGCAGCGCCGCAGGAGGACGGGGAAGCACCCUGCAUGCCAGCCGUCCCUGUGGCUGUCCCCGCUCCUGACACCGUGGCGACUGAGGUGGCGGCAUCAGGAGCAGCUGUAGCAGCCUGCCGUACCACUCAGCACCAGGAUCACCAGCAGCAGCAGCAGCAGCGGCACCAAACCCUCUCUUCGGAAGGGCCAGCAGCAGGAGCCGCCGCAGUCGCAAGCGCCGGAUCAUGGGAGCAGGAGUCGCUGCUGAUGGCCCUGGCGCGCUCCCCGGGCUCCCCUCCGGCGCUCCCAUCCGUGCUGCGGCUGGCCUUGCUCACCGGAACCAUCCCUGCCGCAACCGCCACCGCUGCUGCUGCUCUUGCUGCUGCUGGCUCCUCGGAGCCCGAUCAGCAGCCCGCGCAAGAGCAGCGGCCUGCAGAACUGAUGCGGCUGCAGUCCACCGCCCCCGGCAUGCUUGCUGGAGGGGCGUUGUACGGUGACGGGGCGAAACAGGUCGUCACGUUGGCCUCGCCCACCUUACCAUCACCUCCUACUGCCGCUGGUACUGCAGGCUGUGUCGCUGCUUCUGUAGGCGCUUCUUCCUCGGCGCCCUCCUCCGCCGCCAUUGCGCGUUGCGCCAAGCUCGCAGUCCCAGUGAUUGACGAUGGCGCCAGUCGCGGCGGCCGGGCCACAUUGGUGGUGGGCGCAGGUGCUGCAGCCUCUAACCCCGCCGCCGCUAUUGCCGGCCGUUCCGUCACUACUGUAGGUACUGGCGUGGGUGGCAAAGAAGCCCUCGCGCAGCGCCCCGCUUCCGGGCCGCAUGAGCCCCAGGCUAGGGGCGGUGCAGGGCCCAGCAGCGGCUCUCGCAAGCGCGUCUUGAUGUCGCCGCUACGGAGCUUCCGCUCCUUCACCGCGGAUGUGCGGAUGCGCAUCAGCACCGGCUGGGGCGCCAAGUCGUCGCCGACAGGGCAGUCGCCGCCGCCGCCACAGCAGCAGCAGGGCCAACUGCAGCAGGGGCAGCAGGACCUGCUUUUGCAGCAGAACCUGCAGCAGCUAAGGCAGCGCCUCAUGCUCAACAACGGAGGGCUGGGAAGAGGAGGAGAAGUGGUCCGCGCAGGUGGAGGCGGUGGUGUGGCCGGCGUGACCGGUAGGGCCAUGUCCAUGACGGUCGGGACGACGGGAGGCCUCAGGGAUGCGGCAGCAGGAGUGGGGCCCGCUCAGCAACAGCCGCAGCAGCAGCCGCGCAGCGCCACUGCCACCAACCGGCAGCUCAGUGCUCGGCGGCGUGGCCCCUUGAAGCAGUGGUCGUCCGUGAACACCCUGAGCACGAGCACAUGGCAGGUUGCUUUCGAGCACCCUGACAUGGUUGUGGGCAGCGGAAACAGCUUCGCCAGCAACCGCCCAAGCACCACAAACAACAUGACUUGUGACGGUGCCGCUGUCGCCGCCAACGGCGAUCGCGUGCCGGCUGGCGCCGCUGGUGGCGGCGUCAACAUGCCGCCCACGAUGGCAAGGCGAAAGACUACUUCGUUAAUUGCUUUUCCCACGCCGGACGUUAGUACGGCGGCGGCAGAGGCAGCGGAGGCAGACGACAUGCUGCCGCUGGGGUAUAUUGUGGCGGAUUCGUCGUACGAUUGGAAUGGUGGUGGCGGCGGAGGUGGAACGUCGGCGACGAGCCCCCGAGCGGCAGCGGACUGCUCCGACCCGGCUACCGACAAGCUGACGGCGUUGCCGAGUAACACGCUGUUCGCAACAGCGUACAGCAGCCGCGCUGCCGGCGUAGGCGGCGGCGGCGCCCUUGGCGCAAGUGGCUUCACCGUUGACAGCUACUUUUUGAGCUUUGACAACAACGGCGCUGCUGGUGGAGGAGGUAACGGCGGUGCUGCGGCUUCUGCUGCCGUGGUGACGCAUGGUGGUAACGGCACCGGUGAAGGCUCUGCGCAUGGGGCGCCCCCGGCACCGCUUCACAACGCCAGUCCCUCUGCCGCCAACCGCUCGCAAGUUUCUCAUACGGCGGAGCUGUCGCGCUUCUCCCGGCGUUUCAGCAUGGACUCGAACCUGACAGCUGCACUGGCGCCAAACGCCCCAGCUCAGGAAUGCGGCGGCGGCGGUUUUGCUAGGGGUGCCAGCGGCGGAUGCAGCGGCAGCGUUACCGUCAAUGGCAUGCCAAUGGCGCCGGCAGUGUCCUCUCGCGUUGUUGCGUUCGCCGCGUCGCUUCGUAACGCUCCUGUUCUGCCCAAAUCGACGGCGACGGCGUCGGGAGCCUCGAACCUGCGGCCGUACGCCAGUCGCUCGCACGCGCAAUUCAUGCAAAUGCGUGUCGGCUCGGAGCGCCGAUUGCUGACCGAGGCGUCGUUCAGUGCGCCCGGGCCGCGGUCCGCAAGCAUGACGGCAGCGACUGGCGGAUCCAGCCUCCGCGCCGCCGCCGCCUCGACGGCGUCUGUCGGCAUUGGCGGCGUCGGCGUCGGCCGCCAAGGAAGCGGCAACAGCCAUUUGCGCCCUGCAUCAAGGGGCCUACUCCUCUCGUCUCGGCAUAGUGCUGCUGAUGCCGAGGGCUACAAUGGCGGCGGCAGAAUCACUUUGACAGAAGGUUCGGUCGUUGUCCAACAAGUAGACGAGCGAGCCAAUAGUAGGGCGGGACACAGCCGAACCCCGAACGGCUUCAAUAGUGGUAACGGCGGCGGCGCCCGAGGCUCGACGGGGCUGACAGACACUUCGGUGUCGGGCGGGACACUUGAAGCGGCGCUCGUUGACGACCUAACGGCUGCUGGUUUCCAAUCCCUUGACGGCAUUUUGGAGGGGAUACUGGAGGGGGAACAUGAGACCCAUGGGUCCAGCGUAAGACACAAUGUCGAGGAACGACCCAUGGGUCACGCGGUCACACCAUCGGCAGGGUGCAACGUCCCCAAUGCUGACCACGGCCCAAUUAGCUGUACGAACGUAGCCGGGCGCAGCGAACACGAGGUCGUUGGGUUUGAGGAAACAGAUGAGGGAGGUGCCGUCUCCGCGUCUUCACACCUCAUGGAGUGCUGGCACGAGGUGGUCGCGAGCUGCAUGGUACUGACCCCCGGGUCGGGGACCUCUGGCGCCUCUUCGUCUUCCUCUGCCGCUUCGCCUCCCCGUCUGGCGCUGGUGUUGAUGCAGCGCGACGUGAGCGCCAAGGUGGUUGCGGAGCGGCACGUGGCGCGGGUGAGUGAGACGGAGCACCGCCUGCUGGAGCAGAUCUUCCCAAGGCAUGUCCUGCAGUACAUCAUGGAGGAAGCGGACUGCGGCCAACCACCCUUCAUAACCGCAGCCUCUUCCGUCGCCUCCCCGCAACAGCAGGAGCAGUGCCAGUACCCAGACGACCAGCAGCAGCAACAACAACAGCAAUUGUCAUCGCCCGCUGGCUCGGCUGGUUCGGCUUCUGCUGCCGCGAACCAGGCGUCACCCCCCAUGGCGGCGAACUGGCGGCCGCACAUCCGCGACUGCAACCGCCUGGCUACGUGGCACCCAAAGGUGACGGUGCUGUUUGCGGACAUCCAAGGCUUCACCCCCAUGUGCAAGGUGCUGCCCCCCCGGGUGGUCAUGUCCUUCCUCAACACCCUCUUCACGCGCUUCGAUGCCAUGCUGGACGAGUACGGGGUGUACAAGGUUGAAACCAUCGGUGACUGCUACAUGGUGGCGGGCGGGCUCAUCCGGGAGGACGAGGACGGCAUGUCUGCCGUACAGGGUGCGGGGCAGGUGGACCCGGACCAGGUGGCCAACGUGGUGGGCUUUGCCAAGGCCAUGCUGUCCGCCGCCUCCCGCGUGGUGCUGCCCACCAGCGGCCAGCCCGUGCGCGUGCGCGUGGGGGUGCACUGCGGCCCGGUGGUCAGCGGAGUGGUGGGCACGCGCAUGCCCCGCUUCUGCCUCUUCGGCGACACCGUCAACACCGCCAGCCGCAUGGAGAGCACCGGGGUGCCGGGGGCGGUGCACGCCAGCCAGGAGGCGUGGGACAUGCUCCGGCAGCGGGACCCGGCGGCGGCGGAGGGCUGGGAGCCCACGGGGGGCAUCGAGGUCAAGGGAAAGGGCCUUAUGCGCACCUACGUUUGGACACCACCCGAGUCGCAACCACCAUCAUCGGAAGCGCCCUCCGCGACUGCGCCGUCGACAACGACGGAGCCAUCCGCAGCAGGCGCUGCCGCGACCGCGGUUACGGCAACCAGCGCGGCACCAGCCAGCGGUUGGGUUGCGACGACGACGACAACGACGGCGGCGGUGGCAGCGUCAGCCACUCUGUUUACACCAGAGCGAGGUCCCCUGCCGCCGGCAGGCGCCACCACCGCCACCACCGCCACCACCACCGCCAAGGUCGCGGAUGGGACCGCUCAUGCCGCCAGCACCGGCAGCAGCAGCAGCCGCUCCUCCUUCGGCCGCAUCCCCACCCCUCUCGCUGGCGCGCUGCAGCACCCGCCGCUCCCCGUGCUGGGCAGCGCCUGGCGGCCCUUCGUGGCGGCCGCGCAGCUCCGAGCCCAGCUGGACACCGCCACCAGCACCACCUCGGGCAGCAGCAGGGCGACGGCGGUGGCGACGUCGGGCUCCAUGGGAGGCGGCAGCGGCUGCGGCGGGCUGGCGCAGGUGGGGUGCGGCAGGCUGACGCUGCCGCCGGCCAGCCUAGCAGCCAUGCUGGCAGCUGGCGUGGGGGUCGGCGGCGGUGCUGUCGUGGCGUCGGGCGGGUGGUACGACAGCGGCAGUGCACCUGCUGCAGCAGGAGCCAGUGGCGCUGAUGCUGUUGGUAGUGGUGGUGGUGGUGGUGGUGGUGGUGGUGGUGCUAAUGGCGACGCAAUCAUCGAUCAGCCCUCCGUUGUCGGCAUGAGUGAUACCUCGUCCAAGCUGCGCUGGUCCAGCCGCUAUGCUGAGUUCGUCCGAGGCGAGGCAUCCGGCCCGGCCGGCCCUUGGGAGGAAGGGGAGGCUGCGGCGGCGGCGGGAGCAGCGUCGGGAAGCAACGCCGCCGCCGCCGACAGUGGAGCUGACCACGUCGUCAGUGGCGGCGGGUUCACCGGCCCGCCCCGCGGUCGUGUCGCGGAGCUGAAGGGCUCGGUCAUGAGGAAUGUACGGCACUCUGGCGGGUCGUUGCCUGUGAGCGGUGGGGGCGGGGGCAGGGGUGUCGUACACGUCUCCUCCGCCUCCCUGGAUGCUGGCGACGCCGGCCUGUCGAGCGACUGCAGCAGCGUGGCCCUGGCGGAGGUGCUGGGGCUGGGGGAG